AAUUUGCCAUUCUGUGGUUGUCAAUAAAUUGUCAAAACUUUACCAAACAAAAAAGGAAUUAAUACUUAAGAUUUCGUAUAUACACUUAGUGAAAAAAUUUCAAGUAUCAUUAGAUUAUUCAAAACGGACUAUUUCAAUAUAAUUGUCUAGUUUAGAUUUAUUACAAUAACCAAAGAAAAUUAUUCUAACAUCUAAUUACAAAAAUGGCUGCCACAAGGAGAUUGCAGAAAGAAUUAGGUGAUAUAAGACAAUCUGGUAUGAAAUCUUUUCGUGAUAUACAUGUAGAUGAAACGAAUAUUCUUACUUGGCAAGGUCUUAUAGUACCAGAUAGUCCUCCUUAUAACAAAGGUGCAUUUAAAAUUGAAAUAAAUUUUCCUGCAGAAUACCCUUUCAAACCACCUAAGAUAAAUUUUAAAACUAAAAUCUAUCAUCCAAAUAUAGAUGAAAAAGGACAAGUUUGUUUACCUAUAAUAAGCGCUGAAAACUGGAAACCUGCUACUAAAACUGAUCAAGUGAUCCAGGCAUUGGUAGCUUUGGUUAAUGAGCCAGAACCUGAGCAUCCUCUAAGAGCAGAUUUAGCAGAAGAAUUUUUGAGGGACCGAAAGAAAUUUUCUAAGAACGCUGAGGAAUACACUAAAAAACAUAGUGAGAAAAGGCCUGCUGAUUAGAUGGUGUAUAGGUUAUGGAAUAAUGAGUUAUUGCUUUAUUUUUAUAACAAAAUGUUCUAUAUAUAUGAAAAUUUCUUCCACAAUUCUCUAAAUUUACUCUUUUUUUGCAGUUUGGCAUAUUUAAAAUUUGUUUACUACUAAUGUUGAAGAUUACACUUGAAAAAACAAUUACAAUUUUUUUGUAUGAAUAAUUUGAUCUUUUAAUGACAUAAAUGAGUUAUUGAAUAAAUGCUUUAUAUAAAUA